AUGCGACUUUGUUUCGCUGAUACAAAAAGCCGACGCCGCGCUGUCGGCGCGCGGGCGGCGCGCCGUAAGCACGACAAUAUGAAAUUCGUGCUAGUAUUGUGCCUGAUGGCUGCCGCAGUCUUGGCUGAAGAUGAAAAGUACCCAAGCAAGUACGACAACAUCGACCUGGAUGAGAUCCUUACCAACAAGAGGCUCCUCACUGCCUACAUCAACUGCAUCAUGGAGAGAGGAAAGUGCAGUCCUGAGGGCAAGGAACUGAAAGAACAUCUGGUAGACGCCAUUGAGACUGGCUGCUCGAAAUGUACUGAAGCUCAAGAAAAGGGAGCAUACAAGGUCAUCGAACAUCUAAUCCAGAACGAGCUGGACACCUGGCAUGAGCUGACCGACAAGUACGACUCCUCUGGCAAGUGGAGGAAGACAUACGAAGACCGCGCCAAGGCUAACGGCAUCAUCAUCCCCGAAUAAAUUAUACCUUAUCAAAAAUAACUUACGGGUGAUUUUCAAACAGAUAUAGUUCAAGCAUUUCUUUACCAUCGCAUUGUUCUUUGACCUUUAUGCCUGUGACUUUAAGUGUUACUUAUUUUAAUCAAGUACUAUAAUGCUUCUA